GAGACUAAGAAUAUCAAAUGGGUGUUUGAUACAUACUCCAAGAUCCGCUGGUUUAUUGACCUACACUCAGACGGUGGCGACGUACUUUAUAGCUGGGGCAGUGACGAGAACCAGUCUAAGUGGCCGUACAUGAACUUUCUCAACGACUCUUAUAGCAGUAUUCGCGGUCUCCUUUCCGAUAUACCGGGCUGCGGCAGAGGCUACGGCGAGUACACGUCGACAGCGGAUCUCAAUGCCAAUAUCGCCACGGCCCAGCGUAUGGCCUCUGCCAUGACCGCGGGCGGCAGUCGCGCCUACACGGCUUUGCAGGCAGCUGCCGUGUAUCCCACAUCGGGAGCUAGUGAUGAUUAUGCCUACUCGCGACACUUUGCGGACCCUAGUAAGAAUCUUGUUCAUGCGUACACGGUGGAGUAUGGGUUUGGAAAUAGUGCGGCGUCUUGUCCGUUCUAUCCCUCAGUCUCUCAGUACAACUCAAACCUCAAAGCAACUAGUGCUGGUUUUAUGGAGUUGUUGUUGUCUGCUGUCGAGCUGGGGCUUGGCGAUGUGCCGACGUGUUAA